AUGUCGGCCUGCCUCAUCCGCGUCCUGCUUGUGCUCCUCGCGUCCGCGUCGGUGCAUUCGCGGCCCAGCAGCAGCCGCUCGGCGGCUGGCCCGCUCGGCCGCAGUGCGCGCAGAUUCCAGCGGAGCCUUGUGAGCCGCGGGCGGGACGUCGACUUGCGAGAGCUGGUUGAGGCGACGCGCGAGCUGUGCGCGGUCCUCCUAAAGUUCGGCGCCUACAUGGGUCCCUCCGUCUCCGACGUGCGCCGCAACCUGGAGCGCAUCGAGGAGGCCCGGCGGAAAUGGCUUCGCGCGUCGCCGCGCCGCCGACAGCUCAGCAUGAAGGCGCUGCUCGCGGCCGAGGUGGCGGCGGAGAUCCACGGGCGUGGCGGAGUGCUCGCCGACCCUUCGGGCGCCAUGGGCCUGCUCUGGGUGCGCCGCGGCCUCGCCAUGUGGGCCGACACCUUUGAGCAGCAGGCGCGAGCCAUGCAGCAGGCCGCCGUCACCGGCGAAGGAGAGGGCUCGCUCGCGGCGCACACGCGAGUGGCGUACGAGCGGACGGUGCAGGCGCACCACGGGUGGGUGUCGCGCCGCGCCUUUGGCGUCGCCUGCCGCGCGACGCCCGACUGGGAGACGGUCGUGCGCCGCGCGGGCCUGCGGACAGACAAGGGCGGCGACGAGGCGCUGCGGCUCGAGCUCAAGUGCUGGGCGGCGGCGGUGCGCGACCUGACCGAGGCGAUGCGCUCGCUGCACACGGACCGCGACCUCGAGGACAGGCGCAAGUCCGUCUGA